GAACUUCCCUUUAAUUCACCUGACGUGACCACACCUGAGCUGAACUUCUGACAUUCGACAAUUUCUAAACAACAACAACAGAAGAAGAAGAAGAAGAAGAAGAAGAAGAAGAAGAAGAAGAAGAGGAAAGGUUGGACAGGUGAGAGUUAAACUCUGAUCUCAGGUGAGCGUCGGUCUGUAGUCGACCUGUGUCCACCUCUGUUAGCAUGUUAGCUCUUAGCUUGUAAGCAUGUCGCUAGUUUUACGUUUUGUGGUUUCUGAUUGGUCAAUUUCUGAUCACCGAUCAGCGGCGAGGGCCUUGGAAAAACCGAUAAAUGAGUAAUCGAUUAGUCAACUAGUCGAUUUUGUUUUGAAUUCUGUAAUGUAAAAGACGUUACGGCCGUCAUGUCAAAGACAGUCCGACGUCACGGGCAGUGGGCGGGGCCUAUGAUAAAACGUUAAAACUCGAUUGUUAUGAAAUUAUUAAUCGUUAACCGCCCGUAAUCGAUGUUUUAAAGAUUAAGAUGAAGUCCACAGAGAGCGUGAAUAUUUCACUCAAUAGUUUUUUUGUUAAUUUUACUGGAAUAAUGAAUAAAAAAACCAAACUUAUUCACAUAAACACAGCAUGUCAAGUGAGACCGAGUGCUGAAGGCCUCCUUAUGUUUUACUGUCUUAGUAAGUAAAAGUAAAAACUCAGAGGCUUCAAGUCGGAACAAAAAGAGCAGGAACCAGACUGUCCUGAGGUUCCGGUCCAGGGGGAGGUUCUCGUUUUAGUGUUGUUUAAUUAACUGAAGAGGAGAAUAAUUUAAUAGACUUCUAGGACUGUGACAGUCUGAGGGUGUUUGUAAUGACCACAUAAAGAACACAUAUAGAUGAGGGAUUAGGACGAGAGAUCAACUGAUUAAUCGAUCAGCUGAUUAGUUUGGUCGAAUAUUGGUUGUUUGAAGUGUUCUGCACUCAGAGCUGAUCUCAGUCAUCUUUUCUAAAUAUUAAUAAGCGUUUUCAUCCAUAGUGACAGAAAAUAGAAUCCUGAAGUUAAACAGAAUUUCUGUUUUAAAUUUUGCUUUUUGGGAUUAUUUAUGUUUUAAUUUUGAUAAUUUCAGACAGAAACUCAGAAGUUCCUGUGGACGUAUUUGACUAAGCAUAAUAUUUUUCUGGUUACAUUCAUAAUUUAAAGAUUGAUAGCAGUUUUUCUGUUUCCACAGGCUUUAUAAAAACAAUGUUUUCAAUCUCAGAAUUCAGAAUUCAGAAAAUAGAAGAAUCUUAGAAAAAAAUAGAAUUUAGAGAUUUAAGUCUGAAAAAAAAAAAAAAAAAAAAGCCUGAAUCUGACCGAAGACUCGACUGAAGAGUUCUAGUUUUAGGUCGCUUUCACACCUGACCAAGCGGACUCGGUUCGAUUGGGGAGCUGCAACAUUGUUGCAUUUAUCACUUGUUUCAGUUCUGCUUUCACACUGUGAUUUCUACAGCGCACCGAACUUUCCGAGCAGCAUCACUUGGUUGAAAGGGGCGCUCGUCUAUUGGACAAAGUAGGAGGGGUAUGUAACCUCACGGAUUACAAACAGGGGUGGACUAGCUGUCUUGUAUCGUGAUUUGUCACAUUAAUUUAUGGAAUGCUACAACGUUAGUGAACACAACUGUUCCUAUAAUGCUAUUGUAGCUUGUCAGGGAUUGAUCCUGUUAUUUUUCUAACUUUGACGAUCUAACAUGUGACAACAUAUGAGCUCAGAGUUUAAGGACUGUGACUGUUGGUAAUUGUGAUUUGAUUUUGUUUAAAUAUGCCAAUUUAUGGGUUAUUGUUGUUCAGACAAUUGAGCGAAGCUAGCUAGCAACUGCUAAUGUCAGCGGUCACUUGUUGCCAUAGCAACAAAGAUGCACUGCGUAUGCACUGUGUAUAGCGUCAUUACGUACAUUUGGUCCUGUGUUUGGUCUGGUGAGCUUUCACACUGCAUACAAACUGAAUCAGGGUUCACUUGCAAGCGAACUGAGACCCACGUUUUCAGGCGGACCAGAGUUCGCUUGAUUGGUCUGCACCAGGGUUCGGAUGAGCUUUCACACCUGCCCAAACGACGCAGACUAUCCGAGGAAACAUACUCUGGUCCGUUUAAAGCGGCUCUGGUGUGAAAGCGACCUAAAUCUCCAAAUUCAAGAAAAAAAACCCCUUAACUCUGACUCAGAAAUCUGAGAUUUAACACAGAAUCCUGAAUAUAAUACUGGAUUCUCUUUAAUCCCUGAAUUCUGAUUUUAUCUUCAGAACUCUGAGUUUGAAAAAGAGAACAAAAACUGAAUUCUGCUGUUAAUCUCAGAGCUCCUAAGAAAAAAAAAAUCAGUGUUCUGAAUUUAAAAUCAAAAUUCUGUUGAAUUCUAGUAUAAUACCAAUUUUAUUAUUGUAUGCAUUGUAUUAACAUCAUCAUAAACAUUUUUCUUUUUGUUCUGUAUUUAUGUGCAUGUUUUUUUUCUCUUUUUCUUCCUAUGUUUGUUUUACUACCAAAGGCCAAAUCAACUACUGUAUAAAUAAUUUGUUUGGUGUUACUCUUUCUCGAGAUACAGAUAAGAAAAAAAUGUAUAAAUAUGAUUUUGAUACUGAACAGACUGACUAACCAGGGGGGUAUUCCACGAAGCUGGCUUAGCUCAAAGCCGGGCUUAUUUCGGUUCGCUGGCUAGUUUUAGUGAGAGUUCGAUUCCACAAAUGAGGCUUAGGGCUAGCGUGGCUUGGUAACCAUGGUAACUCAGCCAGCGCGACAAGCCUGGUUCCAGGCAGGCUUACGGUCAAGCUAACCUUAGCUGCGUCUCAGAGAAGGUCCGAGGGGCUUCCAGAAGACGCUUUAUGAACCGCAUGUCACACAGUAAUUUCAUCUUUAUCUGUAAUAAAUUAUGUUCUUGUUCGGAAAAAUAAAUUGAGAGCUUUUUAAAACGACAUAGGAAUUCGUGAAUCCGGACAUGCCCAAUACUACGCCAACCUCACAGAGAAAGAGAAAUUAAGUAGCUGAGUGGGUAAAGAGAAGUGCCGGUAAAAUGUGUUUUUCACUGCUCUGUGGGUUCCCGUCAGCUGUAAUUAUUUGGAAAUAUCUGAUUUUCUUUCUUUUAUUCUGUGACUCUCAAUGUACUGUCAACACAUAACAGAAUAAAGACACAAAUGAUCUCAUCCAAAACACUGAAGGCGACAACAGCAACAAUUUCCCAUUAAAAAAACCUUCCUUUCACCAGUGGUCCAUUCUGAUUAUGAUGAUGAUAAUGUAAAGGUGAUGGCAAAUGAUGACAUGACUACUCUGUGUACAAGCUCAUUUGUGUCUUCUCCCUUAUUUAAAUGAAGGGUGCUGUGCGACUAUCAUCCCUAACAAAAAAAAAUUUAAAAUAAAAAAAGACAUCUCCAGGUACAUGUUUUUCUUCACUUUUUGUCAAAGUUUGUCUACUUUGGUUUUAGGUCUUACCUGUAGCUGCUAUACUAAUCCAUUAUGGAUAUCUAUUUGUCAAAUCAAGAACAUGAAUUAUGCCUACAGUGCAGUAGCGGUUCUUGGCACGGGCGAACAGGGCAGCCGCUGGGGUGGCAUUUGUGUCAUGACUCGUGGGGUGCGGCAUGAGCACUUCCGAAAAAGAAAGAAAAAAGACAAUAAUAAUAAUAAUAAUAAUAAAUCUGCACCGCAAAGCGGUUUUGUAUUAACUCUUGUCAAAUUGGCGCCCCCUGCUGCUGUAGGCGCCCCUGCUUGCUGCGAAGGUGCUGCACAGAGGCUGACAGACUGUAUGAGUGAGCUGCACAUACAUGAGAUGAAAAGUUUUUAAAAAAGUGUUUACAGUACAUACACAGAAGUGAGGAAUAACAUUAGACAGCCAAACAGGCUGACUGCAUCGAGACAUGCGUUGUAAAAUAUUUGUCGGCUACAACUUACGAAUCAGUCCGCGAUACUUUGCCACGCCAUCUCCCUGGCUUUCACAAUGGCAACAGUGUUGCCUUUCUUUUGAAUUUUUCCCCUGUACUCUUCGUACAACUCCAUGAGGAGUGUUUGCUCCGCCGCUGAGCAAGACUCCGCUCUGCCCUUUUUUUCCCAUGAUCUCGUCAUUUCGACAAUCGAUACGUCGGGGCUUUUUAUGUACCGCGGAGGCGCGUAUAGCCGUGGCUUGGAUCAGCCUGGCUAGAAUAAGCGUCUCUGAAAAACAGCCGAGCCUCGUUAGUGGAACGAGUCGCAGCUAAGAUUUAAGUGGCCGCUUAUUCAUGCCACGCUUACCGGCGAUAGCCCAGCCUUCUUAAGCCAGCUCCGUGGAAUACCCCCCUGCUGCACUAUGAUACACUUUGUGUUUUAUUUAUUUAUGUGCUUAUUUACUUUUUAAAUUUUUUUCUCCUUUCUCUUUUUUCUGCUCUGUCCUGAAUUUAUGUGUUUGUGUUAAUAUGAUUCAUGUUUGAUCACAUGAAAAUAAAACUAAAUAUGUUAAAAAUAAAUAAAUAGAUAAAAAAUAAAUUCUGAGAUUAGAAUCAGGAAUUUGAGUCAAAAAACCUCUUUUUUUUCUUUCUUUAGUGUUUCUCUUCUUCUCUCUCUCUCUCUCUCUCUAUAUAUAUAUAUAUAUAUAUAUAUAUAAUCCAGGAGCCGUUAAGAAGAAUGCUUUAUUCUCGUCUUCUCUCUGACAGGCGGGACGAGGACAAGCAGACAGAGAUGUCUGUACUUGUAGAUGUCCAAACUCCACCUGAAAAUAUGAAGACGGACGAAGGGGUGGAGUCAGCCAGUAUGGAGCCAAGCACCAUGCCAUGGCCCAAGGACAGACAGACGGGUAAAGGGGACAGAAAGAGUGUUAGGUCAGAUAUUUCCCAUCCUGAGGCAGCUAGUUGGACAGAGAGUGAGAGAGAGCUGAUGGUAGAGGGAAAGAGGAAGGGGGAGGGAGAGGGGGUUGGAAAGGGGGUGGGUCAGGGGGCAACUACACACCUAGAAGAGAAGCUAACAGAGAACCAACUGCCGGAGAAAGCAGCUCAGGUGUUCAGCCCUGCAGUGACUGUCCUCCAACCAUCCUCACCCAGAGAUAGUGAGGCAUUCUGGGAAAUGGAGUCAGAGAACGGCCACUUCCUGUCCCCCAGAGGAGUCCCUCAGGAUUACGAUCCCCAUGGUUACCAGAACGAGUGGACCAAGGACCCGCCCUGUAAAACAUGUGAAUACACCUGUCUCACCUUUCUGUAACUCAUCUUAUUAAGAACAUCUUUUCUAUGUGUGGGGCUUUCACCUGACUACCUUUCUCACCUGUCUGUGUCUCUUAGGUUAGGGGGUUGGACCAGGGUCAUGCUUUCUCUCUUAACUAUCUAUUUCCUUUUCUGUCAUCUCAGGUAGGCGGGGUUUCUUCUUUUUCUAUUUCUUACCUGCUUCUCAGGGGGUGUGGGGUUUCAGCAUUCUAAUUACCUAACAUGUGAUCUUAUGAGGGUGGGGUUGGCCUUGGCUAUCUGAUUAUCUCACCUGUGUGGGUGGGGUUUCAGCUUUUUGAUUAUCUUACCUGUGUGGGCGGGGUUUCAGCUGUCUGGUUACCUUACCUGUGUGGGGGGGUCAGUUGUUUGGUUACCUUACCCGUGAUUUUAUGAGGGCGGGGUUUCAGCUUUAGAUUAUCUCACCUGUGACUUUAUGUGAGCGGGGCCUUGGCUAUUUGAUCUUCACUUGUUUCGGCAGGGUUUCAGCUGUUUAAUUAUCUCACCUGUGCGGGCGGGGUUUCAGCUGUCUGAUUAUCUCACCUGUGUGGGUGGGGUUUCAGCUGUUUGAUUAUUCUACCUUUCUCUCAGAUGGGCUAUGUAUUUACCUGUCUCCAUGUCUCAGGUAAAGGAGCAUGCCCCAGCAGGGAUACCCUAAAAGUGGGCGUGUCCUUGAUCACAUCAGCGCUCUUCUUCCCCUUUCUGGUGUGGGGGGGGUUUAUCUUCCUGCCGUUUGACGCCCCCCUCCUCGACAGCGCCCCUCUAAGACUUGUUUACACGCUGCGCUGCUCCGUGUUCGCAGCUCUUCCCAUCAUCCUAGGUGAGAAUGGCAUAAAGACACCUGUCUCUCUCUCGUACCUGUCUCCUUUACCUGUUCUUCUGUCUUGUCUUUGCCUCAUUCUUUGUCACCUGUCUCUUUCUCUCGUCUUCCUCUUGCUCUUAUUCGACCCUCUCUUUGUCCCUUACUCUCUCACCUGUCUCUCUUUUGUCUCACCUGUCUGUCCCUCAGGUUGGCUGGUUUUGGGCGCCAGUCGGCUCAGAUCAGGUGCCAUUCGACCUCUUCAUCGUGACGAAGAUGAGCCUGAGCUUGAAGAUGUCACUGUCCACCUGCGCUUCAUUUCGGACUCCACCUCCCUGUUCCUGGUCUACUUCUUGCAGCUGGUUGUCAUGGCGAUGUACCUGAGCCAGGAGCAGUUAAAGCUCGUCCCCCUGCUCACCAUCGUCUUCGCCCUCGGACGGUGAGAAUGGUGAACUUUAAAAAUGUAGAACCACGUUUCAAUAAAGGUUCAGUCCAGUCAGUAACAGCAUCAUGAAUCUGAAAGGUGUAUUUGUUUCGUUGCAGGUUGGUCUACUGGGUGGCGGUGGCGUUCGGCAGUAGCAUUCGUGGUUUUGGCUUUGGCUUGUCCUUCCUGCCAAGCGUCGCCAUGAUGGUCGCCAACAUCUACUUCAUUUUCACGGUGGAGGCGUCAGGGUCAAUCUUCAGCCUUCCAGCUCCUCCCGAGGAGACGUUAACUCCACCCGGGCGGCAGAGGUUCUGGGGUUAAGAGCUCAUCGAAGAGCAAAAACGAUCUGGCUUCAAUAUUUCUGCUGAACAGAAAAAACUUCAAAAUAAAACUGAAACAGUAAAAAAAUAAACAAAAUAAACACAUUUAUCUCUCUUAUUUUUACUAGUUUGGGUGGAGAUAUUUAGUUUACUUUCUUCGUGUUUACUCUCUGUGAACUUCCUGUUUUAUAUUUUGUAUUUAGUAAAAUCAGUUUUAUGAUCAUCAGAUGUAUUUUUUAAGUAUGUGUUUCUAUCAUUUCAUCGUUCAUUUCAUUGAAUGAAAAUAUCCACAUCAGUUCUGUCACAGCUUGAAUAAAAACUCAAGAAUCAAAUCUG